AUGUCGGAAACGCCUGAGCCAACCCGCCAAGCUUCGGCUGCUCCCGAGGCCCCGGCGGCUCCUGGAAGGUCUCCAGCUCCUGCGGCUGAGGCUGCCACUACCGAGUCAACAGCCUCUCCACCCGCUGCCACAUCCGGGCCAAUUCUUGACCCGCAGCAUUGGGCACAGGUCAAUGAGGAACAAGCACAGGCUGAGGCUGACGGGGCGGAUGAUGACAAUGCCGAUGCCGACUCAACCCUCGACCCGGAUAACGCCUCAUCCACUGCCUCCAUCACCUCUAGCAUUCUGGAAUACAGAACUAUCCAUGGUCGCACCUAUCACAGCGAGCAGGGCAAUGCUCAAUACUGGGCCUCCAACGACGAGCAGCAAAAUGAUUUAAUGGACCUCACUGAUUUCGCCGACCAAUACCCUGGCGCUGAGGUUAUCGGAACCGACCUCUCUCCCAUCCAGCCCUCUUGGGUUCCCCCGAAUGUUCAAUUGUCCAGCGAGAUCGAAGACUGUACUCGCGAGUGGACUUUCAAGUCCGACUUUGCCGAUUACAUCCACGUCAGAUGGUUGAUGGGUAGCGUACGUGAUUGGGACGCCUUCUUCUCUGAAGCCUACAGAGUCUGCAAGCCCGGCGCCUGGAUUGAAAGCCACGAAGCUUCCUGCAAUGUAAGCAGCGAUGACGGUACUGUCGCUCCCAACUCUGCUAUGGGUCACUGGGGUGAAUUCUUCAAAGAGGGCGGUAAGAAGAUCGGUACAAGCUUCAGCGUCGUUGAAGACGGUACUCAGCGCAAGGCCAUGGAAAAGGCUGGUUUCAUCAACAUCCAAGAAUUCGACUUCAGAAACCCUGUUGGCACUUGGCCCAAGGACCCCGUUGAGAAGCGCAUGGGUGCUUACUCCAAGUAUGGUCUUGAGACAGAUAGCGAGGGCUUCAUUCUGUUUAUGGCGCACACACUUGGAUGGACAAGGGAGGAGAUUCUUGUUUAUGUUGCUCAAUUCCGAAGAGAGAUUCGCUCUGGAAAGCAUCACGGAUACUUUGCUCAAAAGGUUGUUUGGGGACAGAAGCCUGAAACUACGACUGCUUAG